AUGCUGUCAGGAACACCCCAAGUGGUGUUCGAAUCCCGGCUGAUCUUGACAGGCAUGGUCUACUUUGUCCUAUUUGAUAUUUCAAAUGUUGGGAUGUAUGCAAUGUUACCCACAGGCCCGGAUUGGAAAUCUUUGGAUUCUGGUAAAUGCCACAGACAAUCACUAUUUAUUGGGCCUCUGUGUACUUGAAAUGCCAGGGCCUAUUUUGAAUCCCAGCCCUGGACUGGUGACAUGCUGCCCUCUAAAUAUUUGCCUUCCCACAACUCCAGACUUGCGUACAUGCAUAUAUAUACAGACCCACAUAAUGAAAGCCUGUUGGCAUUACACCUAAUAUCAAUGAACUUUGUUCCUUGGAAGUGUGACUGUCUGUGCAACAGCUCCAGCCUGUGAUUGGAAGCUGCAGUGUGCACUGCCUCCUAAUAAACACUUCCAAUUGCUCUUCCUGUGGCAUUGCACAAACCUUUGCACACUAUAUAUAAAAUGUGAUAAUCAAUGUUUUCCCUGAUGUAACUUCCUUUGGUAAAUAUGCACUCCCCCCCAGUCAUUUUCUCAUCAGAUAACAAUUUUAAUAGUUUACACACUAUUGUAUAUAUAUUUUGCAGAUGAAAAGUUUCCUUUUUUUCCCCUCCUUCUCACGGGUAUCCACUGUAAUGAAGGGAAAGCCCAGUCAACGUCACACAAACAUCUGGCAGCCUUUAUUCUCUGGCACCGUGUGUGUGUGUGAGUGUGUGUGUGUGUGUGUAUACGCACAGACUUGCUCGGAGAAUAAAGGAUGCAGAAACUCCUGCCUUGCAUAAUCAGUGGGAAGUGGCCCUUGGCUGAGAAGGUAUAAAAGCAAUGAGCAGAGACCACAGGCAUUAGUAUUAGCAAUAGCAAGGAUCAAGCAAGCCGACUGCCUUUGGGACACAGAUUAGAGAGCUAAAAAAAAAUGGCAUUGGUUCCCGACUUGAGUUCCAUUCCCAUGGAGAGCUGCAGUGGGGACGAUGAAAUGUUUUACAGUGACAGCCCACCAGGAAUGAAGGAUUCCAUGAAAGAUGAUUCUCAGUGGCACUCACACCCCGGCCAUUGCUCCCAAUACAACCUGGAUAUCCAUCUACAGAUCACCCAAGCAAAGGGAUCAUUACAGUCAUUCAAAAAAGCUGUCAUUCUUGUGGUCGCUGUGGAGAAACUGAAAAGGGGAAAAGAAACCUUUUUUGGGGAUGCAGAUUUAUUAGGCCUUCUGGAUAGCAUUUUUGUGGAAGAGGAAAUUGCUUUCAGCCGAGCCAAAGAAACACACGCCUCCGCUACCACAUACCGAUACCAGAGGGCCACCAAUUGCAGAAUUAAGGAUGCUUCAAACAAAUGCUUUGUCCUGCAGCGGUUCCAUGGAAAUGCCCAACUGGUGGCUUUGCAGUUACAAGGGGCUAACAUUCAAAGAGAAGAGAAGGUAAGCAUGGCUUUUUAUGCCACACAGCCGCUUCAGGGUGGAAGCAAAAGGCCCGUUGCAUUGGGACUCGUUGGAAAGAAUCUUUAUCUGUCUUGCAUAGCAGCAGAAAAUGACCAAGGCUCACCACAGCUUUAUCUAGAGGAGAUAAGCAACAUCAAAGAUGUGAAGGGCGAGGACUUGAACCGUUUCAUCUUCAUGAAGUCUCAGAAUGGGCUCAGCGAAAGCACCACGCACAGCUUCGAAUCGGCCACAUUUCCGGGCUGGUACAUCAGCACUUCUCAGAAGGAAAAUGAGCUGGUCCAAAUGGUGCAUCAGAAGAACCAGGCAGCCAUCAAAGAUUUUAAUAUUUUCCCAACUGUCUGAUUGCCCCUGUGCAAUUCAACCAACUGCGUGUAUGUACUAAGUACAGAGCACACCGUAGUGUUCUGGGUGAUAUUUCCCUCCACAUUAUGCUGGCAUUAUAAUUCUGCCUCCUUCUAAGUGAUAAAGCAUAAAAUAGAGGGAAAUAACUCAGAAGUCUCAUCACAGCAUUACUUAAUCCCAUUGUUUGUUUCCUUUUUUGACUUUCAUAAAGUCAGUUUCUCUGUCUGAGAAUUCACAAGUAACCCAAUCCAGGGUUUUAGCUCUUCGUUUAGUGACACCCAGCUUUCCAGGUGAGGAUACUGGGAUGCUGCUGACAUAAUGGGCAAAUAUGUACUUUUUAUUAUUUAUAUUGUAUUAUUUAUUUGUGGCCUCUUAUUUAUUCUAUUUAUAUAUUAUAUAUUUUAUUUAUUAUAUCAGUGAAAUAUUUCUUUACAUAGUGUUCUUGUGAUUUGUGUUUCCCUCUGCAGAAUGUGAUGUAUUGUCAAUCUGAAUAAAAUAAUUCUGUUUCUAAAUAAUAA